AAUAAUUAAUAUUCUUAACCAAAAAAACAUAAAAUAAAGAAACACACCACAUUCUUUGCUUGUUGUCUAAUUCAAAAUCAACCUAGAAGAUCCGGGAGAUUCUGAAUGAAAUCUGCCGGAUCUUGCUUUCCAAACUGUCCAGAUUUCCUACAGGAUUUGUAUCCUCCAUGGCUUCCCAUUUAAAACUGUCCUUACGCUUCUCAUUUCUUUCCCAUCAUCAUCUUCUUUUUCUUGGUUCUCCUGUACCUCUCCUGAAAAUUGGUGCUAUUAUUUUCUUUGAUACAUCUCUUGUGCAGUAAUGGGUAUGGCUGCAGAUUCUCAGUUUCAUGUUCUCGCUGUUGAUGACAGCCUGAUUGAUAGAAAAUUGAUUGAGAGACUCCUUAAAACCUCGUCUUUUCAUGUUACUGCGGUUGAUUCGGGAAGCAAGGCCUUGGAGUUCUUAGGUCUGAAUGAAGAAGAAGAAGAAGAAGAAGAAGAAAGGAGGGACUCGAGCCCUAUAUCUGUUUGUCCAGAUGAUGAACAUCAUCAAGAUUUGCAAGUAAAUUUGAUCAUUACAGAUUAUUGUAUGCCAGGGAUGACAGGCUAUGAUCUUCUUAGAAAGAUCAAGGAAUCUAAAUCUUUUAAGGACAUUCCAGUUGUGAUCAUGUCCUCUGAAAAUGUUCCAUCAAGAAUUAAUAGAUGCUUGGAAGAAGGAGCUGAAGAAUUCUUUUUGAAGCCAGUCCAAUUAUCAGAUGUGAACAAGCUUAAACCUCACAUGAUGAAAGGAAAAACCAGAGAAAAUGAGCCAAAUAACAAAAGGAAAGGAAUGGAAGAGAUCCACUCGCCAGAGAGAACAAGAACAAGAUAUUAUGCUAAUAAUAAUAAUAAUGGCCUGGAAGUUGUCUGAUUAUUCAUUAACAAUUACUUCUGCUUGAUUACACAGCAUAACUUAGGAAAUUAAUUCCCAACACACUUUCUUUUCCCCUUUUCUUUUCUCUAUAUAUCUUUUUCAAUUCCUUUUACCUUUUUUAUCUUCCUUUUUGCUGCUGAAUUGACCUGACAAAGGUUCAAUACAAAAUUCAGACUCACUGAACUGAUUUUACUAAUUGUAGGAUGAGCUAAUUACUUUCCAUUGUAAAUUUUCUGAAGGAGAAAUAUUACUUGUUCAAGUUUUGUUGGAUA